GCGUUUUCUACAGCGACGGAAUGAAGAAAUGAAUAGAUUUGUAGAAGAAAUAAAAGUAGAUCCCUUAAAUGGAUUUAAAAAUUUUACUCGUAUAUCGUGUGAAGAUUUUGAGUUACUGGUCAAUGCACUUAGUCCUCAUAUUGCAAAGCAAGACACCAACUACAGAAAAUGUGUCCCUGUUUCAAUAAGGCUAGCAAUUACCCUGAGAUAUCUUGCUACUGGAGAUUCUUUUGCAAGUUUAAUGUAUUUAUUUAAAGUUUCAAAAGAACUUAUUGCUCGGAUUGUACCUGAGACUUGUAAGGGGUUGAUAAGCGUACUGAAAGAAAACAUUAAGAUGCCUAAAACUGCAGAAGAAUGGAUGCUGAUAGAACGUCAAUUUGAAAAACAUUGGAAUUUCCCUCACUGCAUUGGUGCUAUGGAUGGCAAACAUAUUGUUAUACAAGCUCCAAAUAAUACUGGAAGUGACUUUUUUAAUUACAAAGGCGAUUUCAGCAUUGUACUUUUGGCAUUGGUUGAUGCAAAUUAUAAAUUCACGUACGUAGAUGUCGGUUGUAAAGGAAGAAUAUCGGAUGGUAGUGUUUUCAAAAAUACGGGUUUCUAUGUUAAUCUUGAGCAAGGACAAUUAAAUUUACCUCAACCUACUGCGCUACCCGGGAGGAAGACACCAAUUCCAUAUGUCAUUGCUGUAGACGAUGCUUUUGCAUUAGAUAUGAAUUUAAUGAAACCAUAUCCCGGUCAACAUGACAAAAGAUCGAAAGAAAGAAUAUUCAAUUAUCGGUUGAGCAGAGCGAGACCUCCAGAAAAGGCACAAUUAAUAACACUGACAUGUUGUUAUUUGCAUAAUUUUUUGAUGACACAAAAGUCGUCUUCACAGCUUUACACUUCUCCUGGCAUUUUCGACACUGAAAACCGAAUUACCCAUAGCGCUAUCGAUGAAAGUUGGCGGCGCGAUGCACCCAUGGCAAACUUACUACCAUUAAGAAAUAUCGGAAGAAUACCAACUGGCGAUGCGAAAGACAUAAGGGAAGAACUAGCAAAUUAUUUUCAAACUGACAUCGGAAUGGUGCCAUGGCAAGAAACACUAGCGUAAAAAGCAUACCUAAGUAUAAUCGAGUUAUAAAAUAAUAAAAAAACUGAAUGUACCUGUUCAUUUAUUUCAUCUUGCGAGUUCAUGCUGGUGUUCGGUUCAUCCCUUGCAUGAAAGAAAUUCAAAUAUGCAUAAGCAAACCAUUUUGGCUUAUAUACAUCUGAAAACCCAGAACCUGAAGAUUUUGAAUCCGAUAUUUUCUUCUUUUCUCUUCGGUAUUGAGCCA